AUGAACCCCGUCAACACAAAACCCUACACCCUCCCACCCGACGCAACCUGGCUGAUAACCGGCUGCUCCUCCGGCAUAGGCCGCUCCCUCGCAACCAUCCUGUCCUCCAAGCCCAACCAACGCAUAAUAGCAACAGCCCGCAAUCCCUCAUCCCUCUCGUACCUCCCCCCCACCCCCAACAUCCUCAAAUUAGCACUAGACGUGACAUCCCCUUCAUCCGUCGACGCAGCAUUCGCCGCUGCCGUGCAGCAUUUCGGAGAGGACUUCCAUUUAGACGUCGUCGUUAAUAACGCCGGCUAUUCACUAUCCGGUGAUACAGAAGCCGCGAGCGAGGAAGAAACGCAUCUAGAAAUGGAGACGUUGUUCUUCGGGACUGCACGGGUUACCACGCGCGCUUUGCCGCUUAUGCGUCAAGAGACUGGUGGGAGGAAGGGAGGCUUGAUAUUUAAUAUAUCAAGUCUUGCUGGAUUGUGUGGGUUUCCGGGACAUGCGUAUUAUCACGCGGGUAAGUUUGCGGUGGAGGGGUGGUCGGAAGCUGUGGCGAGGGAGGUGCAUCCUGAUUGGAAUGUCAAUAUUUGCAUCGUCGAACCGAGCGGUGUGAAAACGAACUUCGAUGGCCAUUCUAAAGCGCGCAUACAGGCUCAUCCUGACUAUGCGGGUGAGGAUAUGCCUGCCCGGCAGCUUGAGAAGUAUGUGAAUAUGGGUAUCAAGUCUGGGAUUGGUAUGAUGGAGUCUUCUGCCGUGGCGGAGACGUUGUGGAGUGUUGCUAGUCGUGGGGAGAGAGUGCCGUUGAGAUUGCCGUUGGGCGCGACGUGUUGGAAGAUGGCGAAGGCGCGGUGUGAGGGUUUUAUUCAGGAACUUGAGGCGGUUAAGGGGGUGAGUACUUUUGGGCAGGGUGUUUAA